CCAGGUGUCCGCCCCGGCUGCCUGCAGCUCCCGGCCCAGCGCUGCCCGUUGGGAAGCGACGAUGCCUGGGUCGGGCUGAACAGGCGCCGCCGGCUCGUCUGCCCGUGCGAGGUCGAGUCCGAGGAGCGGGCUUGGACCCAGGAGCCCCGGCGCCGGAGUCCGCGCACCGUGCACCGCGCAUCGCGCACCGCGCAUGGACGCGCCGGGGGACUGCGAGGGCCCACGCCUCCCCGGAGGUGAUGGCCCUCCAGGAGGUACAAGAGAGACAUCCAGACAGCUUUCAAGAGAACAGCUUUUUGUGCUGAUAUCUGCAGCUUCCAUUAACUUGGGUUCUAUGAUGUGCUAUUCUAUCCUUGGACCCUUUUUCCCCAAGGAGGCUGAAAAGAAAGGAGCCAGCAAUACAGUUACCGGUAUGAUCUUUGGAUGUUAUGCUUUAUUUGACUUGCUGGCAUCUUUGGUAUUUGGAAAAUACCUUGUACAUAUUGGAGCAAAAUUUAUGUUUGUGGCAGGAAUGUUUGUCUCAGGAGGAGUUACAGUUCUCUUUGGCGUGUUGGACCAAGUUCCAGAAGGACCGGUAUUUACCGCUAUGUGUUUUCUAGUGAGAAUAGCAGACGCAGUCAGCUUUGCGGCGGCAAUAACUGCGUCUUUUUCUAUUCUUGCAAAGGCUUUUCCAAACAGUGUGGCCACGGUGUUGGGAAGUCUUGAGAUUUUUUCUGGCCUGGGACUAGUGUUAGGGCCCCCUUUAGGUGGCUUCUUGUAUCAAUCCUUUGGCUAUGAGGUGCCUUUUAUCUUUCUGGGAUGCAUAGUUCUGCUGAUGGUACCACUCAACAUGUACAUUUUACCUAAUUAUGACUCUGAUCCAGGUGAACACUCAUUCUGGAAACUCAUCACGUUACCCAAGAUUGCACUUAUAGCCUUCGUCAUCAACUCCCUCAGCUCAUGUUUUGGCUUCCUUGAUCCUACUCUGUCUCUCUUUGUUCUGGAGAAGUUUAAUUUACCAGCUGGCUAUGUGGGACUGGUAUUCCUGGGUUUGGCACUAUCCUACGCCAUUUCUUCGCCGCUGUUUGGUUUACUGAGUGAUAAAAUACCACAUCUCAGGAAAUGGUUUCUGGUUUUGGGAAACAUAAUCACAGCCGGAUGCUACAUGCUCUUGGGACCAAUCCCGGUCUUACACAUUCAGAGUCAGCUCUGGCUGCUGGUGCUGAUAUUAGUCUUGAAUGGCGUCUCUGCUGGAAUGAGCAUCAUUCCAACUUUCCCGGAGAUUCUCAGUUGUGCAUACGAAAAUGGAUUUGAAGAAGGGUUAAGUACCUUGGGACUUGUAUCGGGGCUCUUCAGUGCCAUGUGGUCAGUUGGUGCUUUUAUAGGACCCACACUGGGUGGAUUUCUUUAUGAGAAAAUUGGUUUUGAAUGGGCAGCUGCUGUGCAAGGUCUUUGGGCUCUGACAAGUGGAUUGGCGAUGGGCUUGUUUUACCUGUGGGAGCACGCACAGAGAAGAAGAUCUAAACUCCAAAAUAUCCUCGGCACAGAGGAAGAGCAAACUGCUCUCUUACCUGAUGAAAUCUAGCCUUAAGAAUCCUGGAUGGAUACCCGUGGGGAGACUGAUGGCUCCUGGCCUUGAACAUCAAAGUUGAAAGGGGUUUUCUUACUAUUACACGUAAAACUCCACAGACCCUACCUACACCACCAUCCUGAAAGUCUCAACAUAUUUUUGGAGAAUCCUGUGUUGGGCUUUCCUGAAAAGCUGGCCCGUUGAGCCAGCCAUGUGUGAAACAUGAAGUGUGAGAAGAGCGGUUGAGAAUCAGCAAAAGUUUGUGUUUUUAGGUGAUCGAAUUUGUCCAUCAAGAGGUUAUUGACUCCAGGUCUCCUGAUUCCUCUGUUUACUUUUUAUUCUAAAUGCACUAAUUCUGUGAAUGUACCUUUUUCUUUAUUAACAGGGAAAUAAAUGAAUUAAUUUGAUAUGCCUCAAAGUAGUACCAAGAUUUCUCAAAAUGUAUAGAAUAGUUACUGUGAAAUCAGUUUUUAAAAGGCAUGCUUUAUCUGGGUCCUAAGAGUUUUGUUCUUUUCAAAAGGCAAGAUUCCUUCCUCCCAUGCAAAAGUUGCAUAGUAUUCCCAGGCCCUCAGCUCUUCUAGAAGUUUCGUUUGUGUGAGAGUUACAAGAAUAACCUUACUUUAGAUUUUCCCUUUUGUAACGUACUUUAUGAAUUAUGAUCUGGAUUUAUAAACAAUACUUAGUAUAACAUUACUCAUUUCUCUUAAUGUCUGUCUUUCAGUCCUGUCAUCUUUUUUUUGUUUUUUUGUUUUUUGUUUUUUUUUUUUUAAACCUACUUCUGGUAGAUGUAUCCCAUUCCCAAGCAAGUAAGCCCACAGGAUUGCUUAUUAUAUUUCAGGGAAGGGGUUUGUCUGACUUCACGUAAAAUCCGUGCUGUUGCUUGAAGUGGGUGAAUCCCUACUGUGUAGUUCUCAUACCUUCUGCUGUGUUUCCAUGGUGUAGUAGCCACGUUUAUCCCCCCACCCCCCAUUUUUUAAAUAGAAGAAGUGUAUUAAUUCAAAAAUAUUUAUUGAAUGACUUCUCUAAACUGACAGUCUGUGACGUGCUAGGAAUUGAACUGUGAUCAAAAUAAACACAAUCUCUGCUUUUUGGAACUUGGUGGAUGGACAACAUAUAAAUAAAUACCAGACUCUCCCGUUAUCUUACAGAGUUGCUAUUAAGGGGAAAACAUGGUGAUAGGAAAGAGAAGGUGGCUGGAGUCAUUAGGUGUGGGGUUCUAAUUUAGAUAAGGCCUCUCCAUGGAGGUGAGACGUUUGAACGGAGACCCGAAGGAUGAGAAUAAGGCAGUCAUCCCGAGGGAGAGCCUUCCCUAGCCCGUGCCAAAGGGUUUGUCAUGGUCAAAGAUGACACUGUGGCCCAUGUGACUGAAAUCUAGUAAACAGAGGACGUUGGGGAGGUAGGAAGGAAUCAGCUUCUCAACAGGGGAUGCCAGAAUUUGAUUCAUGUUUCAGGAGGGCCAUUGUCUAGCAACGAUGGAGGGAGAUCUAUGGGAGCUUGGAGACAGAGAGAGAGAGAGACAUGAGUAGUUUGGACCAUGGAGGUGGUGGCGGAGAUGGAGCAUAAAAGAUGUGUUUGGAAGGAGAGCCAACAGGACCUGCUCAUGUAGAAGGAGGGGAGAGAGGAAUUUAGGGGUGACUCAAGGUUUUGGCUUGAGGAUGUAUGUGGGUGGAUGAGAGUGCCUCUUGGUGAGAUGGGGAAGAAUAGGAACAAAUCAAAUCCUGAAGGGGAAAAAUAACCCAGGGUGGGAUGCCCUGUAACACCACCACCAGAGCGAA